GAUUACAUCAACAGUCACACCCUCCUUACUUUAUGAACAUAGCAGAACAGGUGUUUGUAAUUCAUUAGCUAAACUGAGCUCAGCGCAGACAGGAAUUGAAAUCUGCUCUGCUCCCUGGUGUGCUUCUUCUCUUUCUCCGUAGUACCUACUGCUUCAUCCGGCCUCCUUGUAGCCGCAAUGACUAGCCACUCGAGGGACUUCCGGAGCCGUAGCAACAGCAGCUCUUUCGCUUCGCCAGGAGGCUCUUUUAGCAUGCGAAGAGAGCGUUCGUGCUCCCCUUCUUCAAGGUAUGGGGCCUGCAGCAGCCCCACCAUGGGGGUGAGCACCAGCAGGAACAACUUCAGCUCUUCGAGCCUCACCGGACACAGCCGCUGCUCUUACCCAAAGGUUUCGGUCAACAAACGGCUCCUGACUCCGCUACACCUGGAUAUAGAUCCCUCCUUGCAGGAGAUAAAGACCAAGGAGAAAGAUGAAAUCAGGACACUCAAUAACCAAUUCGCCGCCUUAAUUGGAAAGGUCCAGAGCCUAGAACAGCACAACCAAGUCCUUCUCACGAGAUGGAACUUUUUGAAAGAACAAGACAACUCCCUUUCUGAGUUGGAUAUCAAACUCCUCUACGACCAGUACAUGAACAGGCUGAACCUAGAGGUUCGGUCAAUUGAUGCGGAAAAAGAACAGCUGGAUUCAGAACUUGAUGAAGUGUUGGAUGCCAUGGACGCCUUCCGUAGCAAAUAUGAGGAAGAAAUAAACAAACGCACUGGGAUGGAAUUCACCUUCAUGACACUCAAAAAGGAUCUGGACAACGGCUUCCUGCACAAAACUGAACUUGAAGCGAAACUGAGUGGACUUCUUGCUGUAGCAGAGUUGAUGAAAAAUAUCUAUGAACAGGAACUUGAAGAGGUGAUGUCACAAAUCAAGGACAUCUCUGUCGUGGUGGGAAUUGAUAACAACCGAUACAACCCUGACCCUCACCGGAUCGUGGAGGAUGUGAGAGCUCAGUAUGAAGACCUGGCUAUCAGGAGCUGGGAAGAAUUAGAGGCACUCACACGAAGCAAGCUGAAUGAAAGAGAGGUGCUAUCUGCUAAGUAUGGUGACCAUCUCCUUCAAGACCGGAGGGUGAUUGCUGAGUUAAACAUACAGAUCCAGAAAAUGAGGUCCUGCAUCGUGUCCUUGAAAAGCCAAUGCCUACGACUCGAGGAAAACAUCAAAGAGGUUGGAGCGCAAGGUGAAUCUGCACUCAAGGAUGCCAAAGCCAAACUGGCUAAGUUGGAGGAGGCUCUUCACAAUGCCAGGCAGGACUUGGCUCAGCUUGUCAAGGAGUAUCAAGAGCUGAUGAAUAUCAAGCUGGCCCUGGACAUAGAGAUUCUUACCUACCGGAAGCUGAUGGAAGGGGAAGAAAUCAGCAUGGAGUCCCCACAGCCUGCUGUCAUUAGCAGAAUCUACUCCAUGCCAAAGCACUCUUCAUCAAACAUCAACAUCACAACCACCUCAAAUGCGGCAAGCAUAGCAAAUGAAGUUUCAACAGAUAACAUGAACCGUAGCAGAAGCAGUUUGGAAAGUGGACUUUCUAGAAGUCACAGUGGUGGAAGCAGAGGGUUUUCCCAUGAUGAUUUCUCUAGAAGCCAUAGCAAUAGAAGUGGAGGUCCUUCAGAGGGUAUCUCAGAGGCUUCAAGAAGUCACAGCAGUAUCCGCAAAGGUACCUUGGAGAGUAGUACUUCUAGAAGCAGUAGCAGAAGUGGAAAUUUUGCAGACAUUGAAGACACCAUGAAUAGCAGUGUUUCUAGAAGUCAGGGUCAUGGAAGUGGGAGUUAUAGAAGCCACAGUAACAGGAGUGGAGAUAACCUAGAAGGCAGCCUCUCUAGAAGCCAAAGCAACAGAAGUGUUGGUUUGACUGACAGUGUAUUCGCUAGAACCAACAGUGGCGCAAGUGAAGGUGUCCAAGAGGGCAACUAUUCUAGAAGCCAAAGCAGCAGAAGUGGAGACUUAGCAGAUAAAGUUUUUGCUAGAACUCAUAGUGGUGAGAGUGAAGGUGUCUCAGGGGGCAGCCUUUCUAGAAGCUAUAGUGGUACCAGUGCAUCCUAUGUGGAAGGUGGCCUUUCUAGAAGCGAAAGUAAUGAAAAUGAAAUCCAUGGAAACUAUGGAAGUGAAGCAUGUGUUGAGCCUAGUGUUUACAGAAUGAACAGUGCUGAAGACGGUGGGGUCCCAGUGGGUAGCAUAGCUAGAAGCAAUAGCAGGGCAAGCAGCUAUGUCUCAGGUGGUAGCCAUUCUAGAAUCCAGAAUGAUAGUAGCCAUGGAAAUGAAGGGUAUGCUGAGCCUAUUGUUUCUAGAACCAACAGUGCUGAAGAUGGUGGAGUCCCAGUGGGUGGCAUAUCUAGAAACAAUAGCAGGGCAAGCAGCUAUGCCUCUGGUGGUAGCCAUUCUAGAAUCCAGAAUGAUAGUAGCCAUGGAAGUGAAGGAUAUGCUGAGCCUAUUGUUUCUAGAACUAACAGUGCUGAAGAUGGUGGAGUCCCAGUGGGUGGCACAUCUAGAAGCAAUAGCAGGGCAAGCAGCUAUGUCUCUGGUGGUAGCCUUUCUAGAAACGAGAGUGAUGUUAGCCAUGGAAAUGAAGGAUAUGCUGAGCCUAUUGUUUCUAGAACUAACAGUGCUGAAGAUGGUGGAGUCCCAGUGGGUGGCACAUCUAGAAGCAAUAGCAGGGCAAGCAGCUAUGCCUCUGGUGGUAGCCUUUCUAGAAACGAGAGUGAUGUUAGCCGUGGAAGUGAAGGAUAUGCUGAGCCUAUUGUUUCUAGAACCAACAGUGCUGAAGAUAGUGGAGUGCCAGUGGGUAGCAUAUCUAGAAGUCAUAGUGGGGCAAGCAGCUACAUCUCGGUUAACAGCCCUUCUAGAAGCUACAGUGAUGAAAAGGAAGCCCAUGACGGCUCUGCUGAGUCUGCGGUUUCCAGAACCAACAGCGCUGAAGAUGGUGGCGUUCCAGUUGGUGGAGUUUCUAGAAGCAGCAGCAAGGCCAGCAGAGAUGGCUCACAGGGUGGUUCUUUUAGAAGCAGAAGUGGAGGCUUUGCAGACACUGUCUUUACGAGAGCCCGCACUGAAGGUACACAAGAGGGCAACCUUUCUAGAUGCUCCAGUGGUACUAAUGCAACCUUUAUAGAAAGUAGUGCUUCUAGAUGUCAUAGUAGUGGAGGCAGAGGCACCUCAGAGGGUAGUCUUUCCAGAAGCCAAAGCAGCAACAGUGGAAGAUUUGUAGGUGGUGGCCUUUCAAGAGACCACAGCAGUGAAAGCAAAGAAAGUCAUAGCGAUAGAAGUGGAAGGUUGGUAGAUGAUCACAGUUAUAGUGAGGCCCAUAACGUUAUCUUAGAGUCUGGUCUUUGUAGAAGUACAGAAGCCAAAGGCGAUAGUUUUGCUAGAAGUCACAGUGGCGAGAGUGGAGGCCCUGUGGAGACAUCUACUCCUAUUUGGAUUCACAGAAGAAGUGGAGAUGCUAUAGAGCCAAGCUUUUCUAGAAGCCACAGUGGAGAAAGUGGGAGCUUUAAACCAGCUGAUUUUUAUAGAAGCUCCAGUGAAGUUAGCAGAGGUGCCUCAGAGGCUAGUCUAUCUAGAAGCAGCAGCAAGGAAACGGAAAAUAUCCCAGAGGGCACAGUUUCUAGAAGCUACAGCUAUAGAUGUGCAGUUAUUUCACCCCCUAAUUUGUCCAGAACUGAAAGCGAAGAUGCUCCAGAAAGCAGCCUGUCUCGAAGCCACAGCUCUGAAAAAGAAAAUGUGCCAGAAGUUGGUCUCUCUAGAAGCUACAGCAGCAGAAGUGAAGAGGCCCUAGUAGAUAACUUGUGCAUAAGCCACAGUGGUGGACAUGAAGGCUUCCCAGAGAGUGGACCUUUGGUGGACAGAGGCCUUUCCAGAUCCCAGAGUGAUGAGCCAGCAAUUGGAAUCCCUGUCUGUAUGGUCUAUGAAUUUAGCACUGAUGAGCACCACCACCUUCCAGCUGGUGAAAUAUGCUACUAUGUUGAGUCUGGCUCUAUGGAGUAAGUGUCCCAGGAGCACAUGACUGGGAUCCAGAUACCUUCUUCUAGAAGCCUCAUUCCAUCCAUUGACUCAUGGUCCACAGAUGGAAAUCCAAAUUAAGCCUUACAUUACUGAGGUUAACUGUUGGAAAUCGGACUCCUACAGGUGGCAAUGAAACCUUCCCUGUCUCUUAGGGUUUGUGGGGGUCAAGUUCACAGAGUAGUAUUCUCUGUGGUGAGGGAAAACUAGUAUUGGAGUUAUAAUACCAGCAUUACCUAUUAGAAGAACCUAGAAGCCAACAGAAUAGUCUUUUGACUUGUAUUAUAAACAGUGCCCUUUCCACCUUCCUUCUUUUACUUAUACUCAAAAAAAUUAAUAUGUAGAUUAAAUUAUUUCUGGGCUUUUUGAAAUACAAGUGGUGCUCAGCAAGGGAUUUUGUGUGUGUGAAAUGCAAUCAGUGGGGACAUUUCACUGCUCCUCUUCUGGCUGCUUUUAGGGACACCAUUAGGCUCUGGCAAACUAAAAUAUGUAUCUCACAAGUCAGGUCAUGGUUGGGCCCCGUCUUGCUAAAACUGUGUUAAACACUUGCUUUUUAAAUAGGCCCAUGUUACACUUCAUAUACUUCAGCUGCCAAGGUUUUUUGCAUGUGAGCUAUUCCACGACUCUUGCAUACAGAUAAACACAUGUCACAUGGGGUCUUAACUUGUCCCCAUCUGGACAAGACCCGGUCUAUAACGGAUGUAGAAUUUAGUUCUUCCAUCCCAGUUCUUCAGAGUACCUGCCAGUUGCCUGAGACAAUAGCACAGACUCUUAUUCCCUUCUGCUCCUGAAGCAGAAUGUGAGCAUAUACAAUCUCCAGGUUAGAUGCCAUGAAACUCCUGGUGCAAAAUAGAUGCAAAAUUAGUGUUUGUAACCAUGCUACCAUUAGGAAUACAGUGGUACCUCUGGUUACAAACUGUAUUAGUUCCAGAGGUCCGUUCUUAACCUGAAACUGUUCUU